UGUGUUUCUGCUGGUCCGCGCACACAAGCAACCGCAUAGGCUCUAUACUAUUUCUAAUGGCGCUGGCCUUGAUAGCGGCGCUCGUACGCACUCAAGUGCAUCGGCGGCGAGGGUAAAUAAUCUAGGUUAUAUACUUACUACUCACACGCCGCCUGCGUACGUUUGAUCCCCGAUAUAUAGUCAUGUAAUUGCGAUCACUAAGCAAAUAGUCGUUGUGCUUAAUUAACGAUGAUAUAAUUAUUAUCAGUCAGCAUUGCAGUGUUAUCAAUCGGCAGCACGGAAUCUCUCGGACGAUCACGUAGCGGAAACGGCACCUGGAAUAAACAUGGAGCUGACCUGGACCGGACCGGUUUAUAUAUAGCUGGUAUAGAAUUCCUUCUGAUACGGCGCACACUUAGUGUAUCCUAUGAUCCUGAAGGACUGCUGAAUCUUAGGAAAGGACUUGGGUUGGUGAGAAGCUUAUUGCAAUGACGAACAAAGUGGUUCUACCUCUGGUCGUGCUGAUUGCAGCAGUGCUGUACAUAAGAAUUGGGCAAAGGCAAAAAUACAGCGUAGAGGAUCCGGACGAUGUCUACGAUUACAUUAUUGGAGGGGGAGGGACGGCAGGAUGUGUGCUAGCUAACCGUCUAUCUGAGGACCCUGAUGUGAAAGUGCUGCUGGUGGAGGCGGGAGGGGAACCCGAUGGUAACACGCAAAUAGAUAUGCCGGCACUAAACAUAUAUCUGAGACACUCGAAGGUGGACUGGGAUUAUAAGACAGUGCCACAGAAAUUUUCAUGCAAUGCCUGUGAGAACAAGAAAAGCUUGGUGCCAAGAGGAAAGGUUCUUGGAGGCAGCAGCUGUAUAAAUUUUAUGGUGCACACCCGUGGCCCCCCUGAAAGUUACAAUACAUGGGCGAAGAUGGGAGCAACGGGAUGGAGUUACAACGACGUACUUCCAUACUUUAUGAAGUCCGAGGAUAUGCAGAUUCCUGAACUGAUGAAUUCCAAGUACCACAGCGUCGGAGGACCUCUUACUAUCACAGAAUCCGCAUCAGGCGUACUUUCAGAACUGUUUCUACAGGCUGGACGAGAAUUAGGCUACAAGGUGGGCGACCUCAACGGGGAAAAUCCGCACGGUUUCAUGAGGGCGCAGGCAAACAUCAAAGAUGGCGUUCGCGUCGACGCCGCCAAGGCGUUUCUGAAGCCAGCUUUGCACAGAUCUAAUUUACACGUCAUUACGCACGCCCACGUAACAAAGGUGAUGUUCGAGGGCAAGAGGGCGGUAGGCUUGCAGUUUAUACAUGGUGCCGAGAAGAAACAAGCGAGAGCGUCUCGGGAAGUGAUCCUCUCUGCUGGAACUAUCGGCUCUCCUCACAUCCUCCUCUUGUCUGGCGUUGGUCCAAAAGAGCAACUUGACCAGUUCAAUAUACCAGCCGUUGCGGAUCUACCGGUAGGCAAACACCUACAAGACCACGUUGGCGUUCUCUUCGAAUUUUUCAUGGAGAAGAACGUAUCCGUCAUAAAAGAGGACAUGCUAAGCCUUCAGAGCAGACUGGCGUGGAUUCUUUUUGGCAAAGGUCCACACGCUUCCAACGGCGUUGAGGGUAUGGCAUACGUCAACGCACGGGGCGGGAAAAACGAGCGCACCUUGCCAGAUACGCAACUGCUUUUAACAUCAUUCGGAGGCGGGUCAGACAGUGAAGACACCGCUUACAGCCUGCUUGGUCUGGAACGAAAAUUUAUAAAAGACAGCAACUUUGCUGCUCAAGAAAAUCGCCAUCUCUUCGGUUUGUUACCAAUAUUGUCGAACCCUAAAAGUGUCGGAGAGAUCCGCUUGCGAACGAGAGACCCUCUGGAUUAUCCACUCAUAGAUCCACGCUACUUCGAGGACGAACAGGACGUUAAAACCAUGGUAGCAGGUAUCAAGUUAGCUAUUAGAGUUGGCGAAUCUAAACCUUUUAAAUCAGUGGGAGCUAGCAUAAACCCCGAGUUCUGGAAAGUGCCCGGAUGUACCCAGCAUGGAAAAGGAGACAAAUAUCUAGAGUGUGUUGUACGCACCAUGUGUGCCAUCGUUUACCAUUCAACGGGAACCUGUAAGAUGGGCGCCAGCAAAGAUCCGUCUGCCGUCGUUGAUCCCCAGCUGAGGGUGCGUGGAGUAGAAGGACUGAGGGUCGUGGAUGCCUCCAUCAUGCCGGAAAUCGUGGCAGGAAACACGCAUGCGCCCGUCAUCAUGAUCGCUGAGAAGGCCGCCGACAUGAUACGUGGCGCACAGAACUGAUGCGAAAAAACGACCGAAAGUUUUGAAAGACUGAGAAUGCGGGGUGGUUAACAUUCGGGAAAUAGGGGGUGGACGCUCCAGUAAAGAGGCCAUUAAUACACAGUGAAAUAAUCAAGAUCUAAAAAUGAAUGCAUUUGCUAAUCCGGAGAAUGUUGUUAUAUAAGCCAAUUGGGUUCUAAUGCGAUGUAAGGAGUCAAUUUACUAAAAUAUAAAAAAAGACAGUGUACUGUCAAUUACAUUUACUUCAUUUAUUUAGAAACAGUAUUCUAAACUAACUCUAAACACUAUUUAUAUUCACAACACCGUUUACUGUGCCUCUUCUAGUGCCGCUAGAUAGAGAGUGCCGUUGUAUAGCGUGCUGGAUAAUCGAAAAUUUACUGUAGUCAAACGCAAUAUGCGACUCCAUGAUUACUCCAACGUUUGCUCUCUUCAAAUAAACUGGCAAUGAUGCCUCACGUCUUUCAUUA